AACCAUCGUACAGGCUUUAUGUCUGUUGUUGUCUUGUUUGAUAUUUACCUCCGUAUAUCAAAAGUCAUGGAUGUGUUUUUGAUGGUGCGGAGGAAGAAGACCACAAUCUUCACAGAUGCCAAGGAGACGACGACAGUAAGGGAAUUGAAGAAAAUAAUUCAAGGCAUAACAAAAGUUGAACCAGAAAACCAGCAGCUCAUGAAUGAGCGAGGUACAGAAGUGUUUGAUGACGAUAAGCAGCUGAGUGACUAUAACCUGUCUGCCCAAACAGCUCGAGCACAGAGUCCUGCUACUGUUGCACUUGUGUUUAGGCAGGAUAAUGGGGAGUUUGAGUCGCUAGAUAUCACCUCGCUUUCAUCGCCUCCUGAACUGCCUGAAGUGAUGAAGCCCCAGGAACCCCAGGCUCAUGAACUCAACUGAGGCUUCUUGUACCACCAUCAAGGAUUUUAUCACGUUCUCUCUCUCGUGCUAGUUUCCAAGUGUAAGGAACAAAAGCUGUUUAGUUUGAGAUGUAAAUUUAGUAAACCGACAUAAAAUUUUUAAGUUUUUUGUUUUUAAUUGUUGGUUUCCCUUCAUGUGCUUUAUUGCAAGAUUUUGUAUCCAGUACCUCAGUGUCAGUCUGCAGGGAGGUGUAGCCUAAUGUUUGAUAUGCAAAGUUUUUCUUUAAUGUUUAUUUUUUAAUAUAGCAUCAAAAACUAUCUCCCAUACAGGCAAGGGAUUUUUUUUCUUCUCUCGUAUGAGUGAAUAAUGCGUUUCUUACAUCAGUGCAGGUACUUCAUAAUUUAUUCUCCUGUAUGGGCUAGAAGUUUACAGUUCUCAUUAGUAUACUGUAUGUCAUAUUUACAAUCCAUGAAAGCCACUUAUUGUACAGUUAAUCCUGGCUAUUUGGGAAGAUCGAGCAGUGAAAACUCUGGGUUUAUAGUAUUUUUAUUACUAGUGUACUACUAGUGUAAGUAGUUCUUCAUUGAACAUACUGAGCUACAGUCGGUGUAAUAUUUCUAUUUUUGUCAUGUUGAAGUAUUUAUCACGGAAAAUGUAACUGUAUAUGUUGUGAUAUUUUAUUCCCGUUUGAGUAAAUAAUACAUUAAGCUAUUUCAGUGUGUAUGUAAAAUUGCUGUCCUCAAAAUCUGCAAUUUUACUUGAACAAAUCGUGCAGCUAGGCAAGGGAAGAUUUAAGUUUUGCAGGUGUAUUGAUAGCCAAGUGUGUUACAAACUGUUUAAAUAAGUUUUUCAUAUCCAGCACAUUCACACAAUACUAUUCUAAACAAGGAUUUAGUUUGACCUGGAAUUUGGCAUUAUAAGACCAUCUGUAUAUUCCAUGUGAAGUAUAAUUAAUAAACUACUCGCAGGAUUGGUAUGGGGUAAUGCUAAUCUCAUUUGACACAUUCUGCUUAACUUUUAUAUGUUAAUCGGCUACAAAUAUAUAACACAUUUGUUUUGAAGUCCCAGGAAGCAUUAGACAUGCAGCACUGUAUUUAUAUUGCAGUACAUAGUACUGUAUAUACGGUAUAGUACACUUCAAAUAUUUCUACUUCAAAAAAAUGCCUCUUGCAUGUUAAGCAACUGCUGUAUUGUACUUUAUUAUACAGUACAAUCAAAUACUGUUUUUGGAAGCCGUGGUAAAUAUUUUACAAAAUUGAAUAUCUAAUGAAACCAAAUAAUCAGUGGUAUGAAAGUUUUCUUUACUGCAAAUGUUUUCUGAUAGACUUCCAUGUGGUUUACCAUUUAACAUUAAAAUAUUUGAUAGUGAAUGGAAUGAUAUUUGAAAUUUAAGAUGUUCCUUGUUAGGUACCCACUGUUGAUUAUCCCAAUUAUAAAGUGUUAACUGUACAAUUGAAUUUUUUUUUUACAAAUUUGAAAUUUAUUGAUAUCUACAAACAAUCCACAUUAAUUUUUGUUUAUUGUAUUACUGUAAUAAUAUUUAGUGUCAUAGAACAAAAUGAAAGGUAUUUUCAUAUAAAACUGAGCAAUGUUUCAGCAACUGAUAACUACUGAAGAUCACUGAAAAUGCAACAGUAGCAUAAAUGUCAUGGGAGAAGUUGAAAUCUGGUAGAAUAUUAGAGUUUAUUAGCAGAAACUCCGGUCAGUAUCAUAAUUUACAGGUUUAAGCAAAGUAAACCCUCGCUGAUCUUACUGUUCCUUUUCUAUCCUGCCACUUCCUCUUAAUCUUGGAGUUUGCUAUAAAGUUUUAUGUCUUUGUUACAGGAUAUUUGAAAGAUUUUACUGUUGAUCUGAAAAUUAAUUUCCCAUUUCUAAGAUGGGUUAGGUUGGGAAUGAUAGAGAAGGAUUGGAAAGUUUUUGCAAGGUGAUUUGUUUCAAAUCUAUAAAUAUGAAUCUGUUCUGGUUAGUUUCAACUUUUGAUAUUUUAUAUGGGAAUCUCCCAGAUUGCUACUGCCUCCAUGGUAUAUACAUAUUAAUUAUCUUCAUCACUACAACAAUUUUUACCCUACUUUAGGAAUGUAAUGCAGUAUUGUACGGGGUGAUGUGUCGAUAUAUAUAUUUAUAUACAUAUAUAAUUUAUAUUAUAUAUAUAUAAUAUAUCUAUCUAUCUAUCUUAUGCUCCGAACAAGAUAUCUACUUUGACUCUGGAAAAUGAUAUUCACAGUACGUACAUCAAUAUCAAAAUAAUAAUAGUUAAUGUUUAUAGCUAUAUUUUUGGUUUAGAUUCUGUGAUUUUGAUCACUGUUCUUCAGGGUCUUGGUAUUGAAAAUUCAGUGAUUUACAAAUAAUUUGUAUUACCAAGAUUAGAGGUAAGUUGAAAGGAAAUAUUGUAAAAUACUAAGAAGUUUUGUUAUCCAAGUCAUGAAUGUUAGGGGAUAUUUUGUUAGUUUUCAUAUACAGUACUGUACAUAAAGUACAUACAAUUGUCUCCAACUAAAAAAAAAAAAAACAGCUAAUAUUCCAAAAAACUAGCACAAGAACUUUGGCAGAUAGAGAAAAAAAUACGUAUCUUCGCAACAUUGGUAGUUUUUAUCCAAUUCACUCCACUCAAAGUCGAGCCAUGUCAUGGGCAAUCUAAUAACCAUGUAACAAAAUAAUAAAUGUUACUAAAGUUCCCAUUUAUGAAAAUGGGUCCAUGGCGCACACUCGUGAGAGUUCCAGGUAUAAUCACACCUGUAUUACAAACUAAAUAUUAGUUUCAUGGUCAUGUGAAUGUCUUGUAACAGAUUUUAGUCUUGCAUUAAGACUACAUUUCAGCUUCCUCUGUAAACAGUUCAUGAUAUAUAUUUGCCACAUUGUACAACUAGCUUUAUUUACUAAGAUUUCCUCGUGAAUCUUGCAUGAAGCCCUUUUUUUUUUUUUUUUUUUUUUACAGCAAUGCAUUGAAAUAACCAAUGCUAUUGUACUUUGAUAUCUUUUGAGUAACAUCAGUUUUCGAUAUCAUUACAAAACUUCAGUACUGUAGGUCAAGUGCACGUACAGCUCAGCCAUUGCAUCAAUGACUGAAGUUUUUCUUCACAGUUUGCUGAAAAGGAUUACUGAAGAUUGAAAUAUAUUAUUUAUUUACAUUUGCUGUUUAAUCAUUGAAAGCUUAAGUGCACCUUUGGAAAAUCACUGACCCAUUAAAAAUGUAAUGCUUCAUUUCUAAUAAAGAAUAAUAAUGCAUAAUUA